AGCGCGUGGAUGCGGAUUUCCACGACAGAGAGAGAAAUCAAAGCGAGGUGUCGCUCUCACCUGCACGCGCAGCGCAGGCGACUCAACACGCACGCACGCACACACUCACCAGAAAGAGCGCGCGAGCCGCAAUUGGACAGGAAACAUCCGCACCGCCUGGUUUUCCUGCCCUCACCGGGCGCAGUCGUCCUGCGCCGCCAGUGUUCCUUCUGACCGCCGGAGAGUUUUGACCUGAGCCACAACACAGCGCGAGAGUCCAGUGAUCGGACCUGGAGUGCAGUGAGUGAAGAUGAUUCCUGUGCUGAUCUGUGCUUUGGUCUCCCUGAGUGUUGCGGAAACCAAUUUAGACGUUCUGUACCCCGAGCUGGAGCACUCCAGAACCAUCUAUGUCACAGAAAAUGGGCCCAAAUUCAAUGUGAUGGCUGAACAAGCCAAGGUCGUAACGAGGCGAGGGGGAAAUGUAACACUACCAUGCCUGAUCCAGAGAGAGCAACAACUGCCACCCAGUCGCAAGAUGAGGAUCAAGUGGACCAAACUGACGUCAGACUAUCUGAAAGAGGUGGACGUGUUUGUCACCAUGGGUUACCACAAAAGGAGUUACGGGACUUUCCAAGGACGUGUCCAAUUGCAAGGCACCUCCCCGAUGGACGCCUCCCUGGUGAUGACAGAUGUCACUUUGGACGAUUAUGGGAAAUACAAAUGUGAAGUGAUUGACGGUCUGGAGGAUGACACAGUGGUGGUGUCCCUCGAACUCGAAGGUGUUGUGUUCCCCUACUUCCCCCGCCUGGGCCGCUACAACCUGAAUUUUUAUGAUGCCGAGCGGGCAUGUCGAGACCAGGAUGCCGUGGUGGCAUCCUUCGACCAGCUGUACGAGGCGUGGCGCGGCGGGAUGGACUGGUGCAACGCCGGCUGGCUGAGCGACGGCUCUGUGCAGUACCCUAUCACCACCCCCAGGGAACCCUGCGGAGGGAGGAACACGGUGCCGGGCAUUCGCAACUAUGGCCUGAGAGACAAGGACAAGAGUCACUACGAUGUGUUCUGCUUCACUUCCUUCCACAAAGGUAAAUUCUACUACCUGAUCCAGUCGUCCAAGCUCACCUAUGACGAGGCUGUGAGGGCUUGUCAAAAAGAUGGAGCUCAGAUCGCCAAGGUUGGCCAAAUGUUCGCUGCCUGGAAGCUGAACAAGUACGACCGCUGUGACGCCGGCUGGUUAGCGGACGCGAGCGUCCGUUACCCCAUCUACCAUCCAAGGCGCCGCUGCAGUCCCACAGAGGCCGCCGUGAGGUUCAAUGGCUUCCCCGACAAGAAGCACAAGCUGUACGGAGUGUACUGCUACAAGGAAAACAACUAAUCCUGUGAAGGCCGUCCUGCAAACACCUACACACAGUUCACAAGCAUGCACAAACAUAAACAUCAAAGAACACUCUCAAUGGGUUGAAAUGCAUAGAAAAAAGAAUUGUAAUGAUGAGAGAUGCUUUCACUCAUGGGAGAUUUACAAUGUUGCAUCAUCAUUCAGGACCUUAAAAUAUAUUUUCCAUAUAUAUUAGAUAUUAUUUAAUCAAUAAUAAUCGGUUGGGUGGGCUGACGUGUGUGGGUGAGACUUGGAAAUGUAAAAUCUGAUGCAAAAAUGUCAUACAAGAAAAAAAAACAUGCUAACAAAACUAACAACAGCUGAGUGUGUCACAGUUGGACCAAACGUUGGGCACUUAUCCUGUUUUCGGUCCCAACAUGAAGAGCAGAUGAAAGCUCAGCCUCUGUGAAGCUCGUUAGGCAGGACUCGUUAGCUAACCUGUUCCCUACUGCCCCUCCCCUCUCAACAAGGUGCUAUAGCUGCAUCCUACCGUCCGCUUUUUUUUAUUUUAUUUUGUCAUGUUUUUUCUACAAAUGCAUUGGACCAAACUUGGACCAACAGCAAAGACAAAAACAAACAGGAACAUUUAGCUGUUAGCAACGUGUUUUCUAAGUAUGUGGAAUGUGAUAAACUUAGAAAUGUAUUUGUGUUGAUAUUUUUUAUACACUGUAGAAAUGUUUGUUGUUGUCUCUCUGGCCAAUGUCUUCUUGGUUUACAUAAAACAUAUUGCAGUAUUAGCAGGCUGGGCUGGGGGGGUGUUUGCACUGAUCACACGACAUUCAGGAUAGUGGACGACAUAAACAGCAAUUAUUCUCCCAAAAUGCUUUGCCUGAGUAGAAGCAGCGUUGCUGGGGUCGCUGGGGUCGCUGUCACUUCUAGAGCGAUGCAGGGACUGUAGGCCGUCGCAGUGUUUGGCUUCAGAGCAUGGCUCAGCUAUAAGAAGCACAGAGCUAAGCAGCUUCCAGAAGAUUUACUCUCAACUUCGUGUCAAUGCUUUGAUAAAGUGCUAUUUUUGAUACAGUUAGUGGGUUUAAGUUGAAAGAGCAGAACAGGCCUUGUUGAUGCUUGUCAUUAUAUUCUUUUGGACUCAAUACUUUUAGCACGACCUGUCCUAAAAGUUAAAAACGACUCUUUUAUGUCUUCAUCAGAUGUUUGUUUCUGUAGUUGUAGACUGGAUGAAAUGGCGUUCGCUGUAUUUUACGACUUAAUUCGAAGGAUUUUCCUUUUUUAAUGCUCCAUGAAGUGGGGAUCUUUGAGUUAGUUGCUACAGUGGUUUAAAAUAGUAAAGGAAACAUUUUAAGAUUUUUAAGUUUAGUACAUUUCCAGGAUAAUCAAAGAAAAAAAACAUUCAGAACAUGCAUUAAAAAAGUAUUAUGAAUUGUUUUGGAGUUUUUGCUUUUUGUCACACCUAGCAUGAUUUAGAUUAUUAAAUAAAUUUGAAUUUUAGAUAAAGACAAACUAAGUACAAAAUUCAAGUAUGAAAUGUAUUUAUUAAGGGAUUAAAAACUUUCCAAAUCAACUAAUAAUAUCUGAUUAAUUAACUGCUAAAACAUAUUUUUUGAACAUGCACAUCCAGACUUUCUGCCAGAUGCACCUGCUGUCAUGUGAACAAAUACUCUUGUUUGUACACGGGCCUGAUUGACAACACUAAGACACUCCCCUUGGCUCUGAUUGAUUGUUUUUAAGAUUGUUCAGAUAUCAACAGUAGUACUGGGAAGAAGCAGAGGAGCUCCAUCUCUUCACAGUCUCAUAUUUCACUCCCACCACAAAAGUUACAUGAUGUAGCUUGAAGAGAAUGAAAACAUAAAAAAAGAACCAAAGACCAAUCGGCAUAAUUAUUCAGUAAUUGGGAUUCUGAGGGCUAAACUGGGUAGUUUGGUGAAUUUGUAAAGUUCUGGUGUGAGUUAGGCUGGCAGCAAAGCAGGAAGAACAAAAACCUGAAGGAUCUGACAGGGAGGUGUGUAUGCUGGACAGGUGGCUGCUUAGCAGCAAGCAAUAGCUGGAGUGGAGGCAAGGAUCUGGAGAGAGCUGAGACAGAAAUGACUGAUAAACACAAAGCAGAACCAGACUCAGCAGAGAGAUGAACACAAUGCAAAAAUGCACAGAAACAAAAACAGAAACCCUGAAACUCCAAACCAGAUCAAACCAAAAAUCCCAAGACAGCUGCUGUGUGUUUUUUCAGGACUUUUUGGCUUCAUUUAUAUCACUUUUAGGUUUAAGUUACUUUCAAGGUAUGUUUGUCAUGUUAUUCAAGGUUCAAACAGCAAAAAUACAUGAACCUCUCUAAACCUGCUUCAACCUUCAUUUGAAGCAGAAAUAGACUGACAUCUUUUCAGCUGUUUUUUUUUUGUUGUCUUUUUUUGGUGCUCAUAACAAAGGGAAAUAAUGUCUUUCCUUUUCCAUCAACGGAUAAAUUCGGAUUUCCACUGUAAUCAACAGUUUAGAGUUCAUAAAAUCUAAAUCUGUGCUGAAAGUGUGCAGCCCACUCCCUGGGUGGCAGGUGACAAUAAAAACAGCCGGAUGAAAUUUGAAGAGGAAACGCUCGGUGACAAAAUGUUGAAGGCACAUCGUCAGCUGAGGUCACUCUGGAUGACCUCAGGCCUGUGUGUGUGAGCAGGGCAGAUGUGCUGGCAUUAAGUGGCUUCAGACAUGCUGUCUCAGCUCUCAAAGACCCUGUUGGACGUGUCUCUCAGUCUCCCAGCAUGCUGAGCAAACCACAGCCAACAGUCAUUUCUGUGUGAAAGCAGGAAGGGAUUCUUCCAUAUAUGGGCAUUAUGCGUUCACAGGCACAGAGUUAGGUUUAGGUUACCAAGCUGAAGGCUGGCCUGUUGCUACUGUUUCUGGCUGAAUCCCUGACAAAUUACUGAACGUUAUUUCAUUGAGUUUCAUGUUUUAUUUCUUUCACCCCGUCAUAAAUAUGAAUAGCUCAUGUACCGACUAAAAUAAAUCAUGAGUGAAGUGAGGCAGAAAGGAAUAAAAGCUCAUAAUGUCUGCACCAUAUUCACAUGAAAAUGAAGUGAGAUAUUUAGAUUGUUAUAAACUUCUAAAUGCACAAAAAAUAAACCAAGAAUCCACCAAACAUUGGCUUAUUUGGCGUCAAAUCACUUCGUCCUGAUUAUUUCCUAAUUUCUCAUUUGUACAUAAUUUUAAAAGCAUUUGACUGAACUCAGAAAAUUUCAAUAUGUUUAAGUGUAUAAAUAUUGCAUUGUGGGAUCUCCACUCCCUCUCUUCUGUAAAAAGAAAAUCAAAUCUACAUAUGUUUUACAUUUACUACUCCACACUUCCACACAGUAUGUCAGAUAUGGAACAAAAUGUGACUUCUACAUAUUUACCAUGUGAAAUAUUUAUCAUUUGAAAUAUUGUUAAAAUAGUUUAGAAUAGUUUACUUUUACAUGAUUACACAGCUGGUGUGUCUUAUGACAGCCCAAUGUCAGCUCUGAUUCAUAUCUCUGCUCUUUGAUGGAGCAUUAGGACCAUGCUUAGAAAAUAAAACUAUGAGAAUAAAGCCAUAGUAUUAUGAGAAUAAAUAGCCAUAGCAUUGUUCUCAUAAUAUUGUGAGAAUAAAGUCGAAAUAAUACGAGAAUAAAGUCAGCAUAUUUUGACAAUAAAAUCAUACAAUUACAAUUCUCUGAUUCUCUUAUUUUUAUUAUACAUUUAUUUUCUGAUAAGGCCCCUAAUACUCAGUUGUACAGCCCAACCACAGCGCCUGCAAAGUCAAACCUGUCAUUUGUGCUCCUGGAGCCAGGAUGCUCUGACCUCCCCAGGAUGUUAAUGACUAUCCAUGGCAACAGUGACGGUGAUGCCCUGAGUGAGACUGAGGCUCCAGAACAGUCGACAGACCUCAUGUUGAAGAAACACAAUGAUGAGAGAUCUACUGUUUCCCAAUGUGAAAAAUGUAUCUCAGGAACAACAUUGAUCCGGAAACAGCAUUGAUAUUCUGGGUAUUUCUUCACUUUGUUCUCUUCUUCUUCUCUUCCUCUUCCUCCAUGAUGCGCUCAGCGUAAUGAAAACCGCAGCUCUCUGAAAGGAACGCAGUUAUUGAGCUGAACUAUGACAUGAACAGGGACACGUUUGUUCAUGAGGUCCAAGCAUCAGAUGUAGAGAGGUUUAUCAAAAUCUUGACUCACGUUGGUUAAUUGUUGGUAAUGUUGACCUGUGUGGUGACCUUUAUUCACUGUCUGGACUGACUGUUGGUCACUCAGACAAUGGUCUGAUAAGAGCUUGUGAAGGCCUCACACGGUUGGGGUGAAAGUUGAAGGGUUGAUGCAGAGGCACGUGGUUUCGGAACAUUCGUUUUCUCACACACUUUUGUUUCUGGGUGAAAAAACUGGAAGUUGAGUAUUUGGGGCUGUUGUACACAUGAACAAACACACACACAUCAUUCUGGGCAAACACACUGUAUUUUCAAGUGGAGAGAGGGGGCAUAAAGUUCACUAGAGGGGCAAGAAAGGGAGGACAACAGGAGGAUGAGAACAAAGUGACGCAAUUUUUAUGACACGACUGCGAUGAUAACGACUGAUAUGGGUGGAUUGACCCGACAAUGCAGAGCCCUUAUUAAGACCUGAUGCUGUACAGAUGUUACGUUUUGCUCCUCUCCUGACUAGAAGCACGCUGCUUUAGCUUCACAUCAUAUUUCUGUGCUUCACUAUGUUUAUCAGUCACAGUAUUUUUUGGGGAUUUUCUUUGUUCAUUUGGAAACCUGUAAGAUCUUGAAAUAAAAAGUCGACUAAACGCAUCAUAUUCCAUGACACCUUCUGCAUGUUCCCACUAUCACCACGUCAGAGAACAACUAAUGAGGCAGGCUUUACAGCAAAUAGGAAAGAAAAACGAUGUUGGCCAGAGGGAGGCUGUUUGACUCCACACAGGCCGUCUGCAGACGGACAGUUCCUGAGUGAUGCAGUAAUGCAGCACGUGUGUUUCCACAGGGAGGGGCUACACUUCCGAACACAGAGCCAAUUCACAGAGCUCCCGACAGUCGGCUCUGUAACCGUAGUUCAAGCUUCCUGCCAAAGUAAAGGUUGCUUUUAGGAAGCGAAUGAGAGCAGCUUCGGUGACGUCUUGGUUUUCAUGUUGACGCACAUGAAAACACAUGAAUCCAGUCUCAUUCUGGAUUCAUGAAGGCUGUUUGUGUAAAACAUGAGAAGUCAGCUGCCAGGACUCAGGUUAUCUGCUACAUUUCUGCCACAUUUCCUCACAACAAAGGCAUCUACCGUGAUUAUCCCAUACAAUGAGUUUUUCUGCUUCAUGCACUGUAUGUGUGGAAGAAAAACAGCUGAAAAUAGCAAACAAUACCAGCUUUCUUCACUUCAGGUGCAGCAAAGAUUGAAAAAGAAAAAAGACGUCACAGUUCUCAGCUGUUCACUAUGAUUCAUAUGUUCCCACAGCGGCUCCUCUGUAACUGAGUUUUGCUGUUUGAGGGAAUCACUGAUGAUAAACCGUUAAUCUGACAGGAGUCUCUCAAUCUGAAAACCUCAGUUUGAUAAAAUGACAAUGGAAAAUAUACAGAUUACACCAACAUGAAAAUCCACUUAUAUCAUGUUCUUAUUGAUUUCUCUUUUAUGCAUUGGAUUAAUAUAUUGUGCCAUCUGUGAAUCUCUUCUUGUUUUGUUCGCUUUUAUUUUUUUCCUUCAUUUUUUGGCAUUGUAAUUUUGUAUCACACAAUAAAAUAAAACUUAAACACA